AAUGUUGAAAUAUGGAUUCGAUAAAGAGCAUAUCGCUGGGAUUUUUAUAUGGACUAUGGGACAGUAUAAAGGGCAUGACUCUAGUUUUCUACAUUGAUGCCGAGAUACACAGGUUAAAUGCGGAAAAGGAGGCUGAGCGUCAGCAACGGUUGCAAGAAUGUCAGCGCAUGAUGCGUCGCAGCCCUUCGCCAAUUCCUUCAUCAGCGUCUGCCAUGUACGAUGAAGAACGUAUUCGUGAAAUGACAGCAGCCAGGGACGAAAAUCCAGAUGAGCGACGUUUAGACAGUUUGCCGAAAAAACAAAAGUCGGAGCCAUCAAUACCAUUUAAGCAGAAGAAAAUAGCCAAAAAGGUUUUAAAGUCCUGUGCCCUAAAUGGUGGUUUCACCUGGAUGAGCAUCAUCCUAUUUGAACGAAUUCUACUACCAACAUUGAAAUUCAUAUUGACUCUGUGUUAUGGCGACAAGUCACAGGAUCUCCACAUGAUAUGGGGCUGGCUUCAAUCAAUCCUAUCAAUUAUUUUCGGAAUGAUGUGGGUUCUGCCGAUUUUCCUCUUAAGCAAAAUCGUAUCAUCGCUGUGGUUCGCCGACAUUGCCAAUGAAGCCUACAAGGUGCGCAAGGGCAAACCCAAUCUUAUACCCAGUAUAAGCAAAUUGGUUGCUGAUUUCCUUUUCAAUUUGGUGGUACAGGCGCUAUUCUUAAUUCAAAGCAUGCUAGUCAAUUUGCUGCCCCUACCGUAUAUUGGGGGAUUUUUAUGCUUCAUACAUCUUUGCCUACUGUACUCGUUGUAUUCAUUCGAAUAUAAGUGGUUCAAUAUGGGCUGGGAAUUGCACAGACGCUUGAAUUAUAUCGAAAUCAAUUGGCCAUAUUUUUUGGGAUUCGGUGUACCCCUAACAGUACUGACCAACAUGUCGUCAUCCAUCAUUGUGAGCAGUUGUAUAUUUUCGAUAUUUUUCCCACUAUUCAUAUUGAGCGGCAAUGAGGCCAAGCCCAUUGUUGGAACGACUGAAACCCCUCUGCGCCUCUUUUCGCCCGUAAUAUUUGUUUCUAAUUUAAUAUUUGGAGGACGUAAAGCGGCCAAAAUAACUGCCAACGCUAAAAACGCACAAAGCAAACAUACAAUGUCGCAAUAUCAACAACGACAACCGUACCACCAACCAGCAGCACAUCAUCGACACCAAGCUCAAGAAGAGACCACAAAGCGCAGAGUCGUCGCCGACAUUCGUAAUCAACAACCCCAAUUUCGCUAUCCCCAGCCACCGUCGCGUAUCAGUCCAGCUCGUUUGACACCUACACCGGAACGUCAGAUUAGGUACGCCGAUGGCAGUCGUAUUCUAUUGCCAACACCCGCUCCAGGAGUUGUGAAAAGUGUUCCACCAACAAGAGAAGGCAAAGGUGGUCAACGAAGGUAA